CCCAUGGCACAGUAAAGACAUCCAGACUAGAGUAGCUGGAGCGCCCCCUGUAGCCACAGAUGACCCCACCACUGCCCCAGCACAGCCCAGGACCCGAUGCAGCAUCACGGAGGAGGAGGAGCGUCCAGAGGUGCAUCUGGUGAAGGAUGAUGGGACCUUCCGAUUCACACGGCCACAUCCUUUUCGAUCAGGUAUUGAACUCAAACAACAGGGCUGGAGCACAGGCUCAGGGAGGGGGAGCCACAUCAGGCAAUAUUAAAGAGAAACGGUUCCUCUGCAUGUUCUGUCACAAAGGAUUCAGCUGCCUCCAAAAGGUGGAGAUCCACCAGAGGGUCCACACAGGGGAGAAACCCUUCAGCUGUACCCAGUGUGAGAAGAGGUUCUCCCGCCAGGACCACCUGAAAAGGCACCAGAGGGUCCACACAGGGGAGAAACCCUUCAGCUGUACCCAGUGUCACAUGCGCUUUGCCCAGGCUGGUCACCUGAAGAUGCACCUGAAGGUCCACACGGGAGAAAGGCAGUUUGCCUGUACGCACUGCGGGAAGAGGUUCACAGAGAGGAGCUACCUCAGGAUACACCAGCAGAAAAAACAUUCCACUCUAUAAAUAGAAAGUUACCCUGUAUUAAAGACAAAGAUUCAUUUUCAUUGUUGUCAGCAGAAAUUUAAGAGUAAGAGUAACACAUUUCAGUGUUGAAUAUUCCUGGGUAGAAUAUUGCAUCCAGACGUGUUAUUUAUUUAUAUACAGUGCCUUGCGAAAGUAUUUGGCCCCCUUGAACUU